CAGAGGCAGCGAGAGGAGGAGAGACAGAGGCAGCGAGAGGAGGAGACACAGAGGCAGCGAGAGGAGGAGACACAGAGGCAGGGGCAGUCAACGCAGAGGCAGGGAGAGGAGACGCAGAAGCAGGAGAGGGAGUGCAGUGCUGCCUGUGCAACCUGCAUGUGGAGGGAGACCGGUUCACCCAGCACCUGUCGGACCACCACACGGAGGAGCAGUGUGAUACCUGUGGGGCCAAGGUGCAGGGUGCUGUUGGUCUUUUGAACCACAUCGAAGUGGUUCACUAUGCCUUCAGGGUACCAUCAAAGCCGUCUCUGCCCCCUUCUUCAUCCUGCUCUGCCGCGCCACACCACACGGCAGCUCCACCACCUGCAGCACACUUCAGGGUACCAUCAAAGCCGUCUCUGCCCCCUUCUUCACCCUGCUCUGCCGCGCCACACCACACGGCAGCUCCACCACCUGCAGCACACUUCAGGGUACCAUCAGAGCCGUCUCUGCCCCCUUCUUCAUCCUACUCUGCCGCGCCACACCACACGGCAGCUCCACCACCUGCAGCACACUUCAGGGUACCAUCAAAGCCGUCUCUGCCCCCUUCUUCACCCUGCUCUGCCGCGCCACACCACACGGCAGCUCCACCACCUGCAGCACACUUCAGGGUACCAUCAGAGCCGUCUCUGCCCCCUUCUUCAUCCUGCUCUGCCGCGCCACACCACACGGCAGCUCCACCACCUGCAGCACAGAGGGUCAACUGGAAAGGUUUCCUGCCUGACCAGUUCAGAAGGGUGAUCCAGGAAGCCGAUCAGGUCUGGGUUUCCAAAUGCUUGUAUGAGCCUACAGGCCAACUCAAGCAAAAGAUCCAGGCCUGCUGGUUUCACCCUCCACUGGAGCCCAAACCAUCCCCUCCUGAGCCUGGCUGGUACUUCCGGCAGAGGCUGUUUAUCUGGGCACCGAUGAGGAUGUGGGGGAUCCCCUCAAAGUGCCCCCAGUGUUCCUCAAAGAUGAACAGCUCCGGGAUUUACCGGAAGGUAAGGGAGGUGAUCGACGUGGAUAGCCGCUAUUAUCUUGUGGGAGCGGACUAUCCACGUUGCUGCAGGUGCUCGCAGCCGGUCUGCCCAUGGAGCUGCGACAUGCUCUCGCAGCUGGAUGUGGCACACAGGAGCCUGUUUCCCGCUGUCCUCACAACACAGCUGGCUCUGGAUAGGAAAGUGAUGACCUUCCUGAAGCCGAGGACCAGCGGGAACAGUUCCUCCUACCUCCAGUCUGCCAUAGCGGAAGGUCACAGCGAGGAGUGGGCCCGGCAGACCAUCCGCUACCUGGCUGACUGCGAGCUGCACAAAAAGAUGGCUACAUUUGUCCUCUCUGCAGCCAUAUACCCUCCUCCACCACCCUUCAGGCCCCUUCCACUCGCCCAGUGGUUUGAGACAGUCCACUCCAACGACAUCCUCAGCCACGUGGAGGAGAUGAAGGGUGUGAUCACUUCAACCUAUGGGAGAAUCCUGAAAAUGGACUCCACAAAGAAGGUCACCAAGAAGCUGGCUGGUGAAAUCGGGGACAGUGCCGCCUGGAUGUCGAACAUCGGCAACGAGUUUGGCCAGGUGUUGAACUCUGUGCUGACGGCGGGUGAAGGUGCAGGGUUAGAGGAGUUGUGCCAGGGCGUCGUCACCCGGUAUAGGAAUGCGGGCCAACCUGAACCUGAGGCCAUCUAUGUUGAUCGGGACUGCUGCAGCCAGUCAGGUGUGUCUGCAGUGGCAAAACUCUUUCGCCCAUGGAGGUCUGCAGUGCGCCUGGAUAGCUUCCAUUUUAUGAGGCGCUUUAACUGCGGCCUCACAACCGAACACCACCCUCUCUAUGGCACCUUUUGUGCCAAGCUUUCCGCCUGCAUUUUUCUCUGGGACCAGGAGGAUGUGCAACGCCUGAAGGAGGCCAAGAGAGCGGAGUGGAAGAGCAGCCACAGCGGACAUACUCCCACUGACGACCAGCUCAUGGCCACCAUCAGCUCAGCUGAAAUGAAGAGGCACUGCAGGAGGAGGACGCGUGGAGUGGAGGAGAUGCGGAGCAGUAUUUCAGGGCUCCUGGAAUCUGUGUGGGAGCUCACAGACACCACAGGGCUGCGUCUGGUGAGCCAUGACAGCAUGCGCCACGUGUGGGAAGUUCAGCAGAAGCACCUGGAGUGCCUCCAAGACCCUGCAGGUGUUGCACUCUACACAAAGGUGGGGACACUCCAGAAGGGCGGCAAGGAGCUGGACAUCCUUAGGUGUGGUAGGGGGUCCUCCUCCCUGGAGAGUUUCCACCGGCACCAGUGUGCUUUCAUUCCAGGCUGGCGGUGCAAUGCGGUGCACAUGCAAAUGUACAUGCUGGAGGGUAUAUCAAGGUGGAACAUGGGCCGGGCCAAGGAGGCAGUAGAUGUGGAGGGGGCCUCCACCCUAAGAAGCUUCGAUGUUCGGUUGAUGUCCCACCUUAACAACCUAAGCCAGCGUGUGCAUGGUUGUGCUCUGGUGCCAGAGUUCACCCUUCCUGGGAAACCUACUGCGAACGCAUAG